GGCGGCGGCGGCGGCGGCUCGGGGCGCGAGGCGGCGGCGGCCACGCUCCGGCCGGGUCCCCGCUGCUCCAGGCGGCGCCAUGGACGAGGCCGUGGGCGACCUGAAGCAGGCGCUGCCCUGCGUGGCCGAGGCGCCGACCGUCCACGUGGAGGUGCACCAGCGGAGCGGCAGCACUGCCAAAAAGGAAGAUAUAAAGCUGAGCGUUAGAAAGCUGCUCAACAGACAUAACAUUGUGUUUGGUGACUACACGUGGACCGAGUUUGAUGAUCCUUUUCUGAGCAGAAACGUGCAGUCUGUGUCUAUUGUUGACACAGAGUUGAAGGUUAAAGACCCACAGCCCAUCGACUUGGGUGCCUGCACGAUUUCGCUUCACGUCUUCCAGCUGAAUGAGGGCGGCCCCAGCAGUGAGACUCUGGAGGAGGAGACCGAGAACAUAACUGCGGCGAGUCACUGGGUCCUGCCCGCAGCUGAAUUCCAUGGGCUUUGGGACAGCCUGGUAUAUGAUGUGGAAGUCAAGUCUCAUCUCCUCGAUUACGUGAUGACAACCUUGCUGUUUUCAGACAAGAACGUCGACAGCAAUCUCAUCGCCUGGAACCGGGUGGUGCUGCUUCACGGUCCUCCGGGAACUGGAAAAACAUCCCUGUGUAAGGCACUAGCCCAGAAAUUGACCAUCAGACUUUCGAGCAGGUACCGGUACGGCCAAUUAAUUGAAAUAAACAGCCACAGCCUCUUCUCUAAGUGGUUUUCGGAAAGUGGCAAGCUGGUAACGAAGAUGUUCCAGAAGAUUCAGGACUUGAUUGAUGACAGAGAUGCGCUGGUGUUUGUGCUGAUUGAUGAGGUGGAGAGCCUCACGGCCGCCCGCAACGCUUGCAGAGCAGGUACCGAGCCGUCAGAUGCCAUCCGUGUGGUCAACGCUGUCUUAACCCAGAUCGAUCAGAUUAAGAGGUAACGCUGACA